AUGCCAAUGUCCAAAAAGAAGUGCCCGACCUUGGUAGUUGACGACGCUGCACCACCAUGCCAAGGGAAGGAGGACGAAGGGGUAUACGCCGUCAACCAGGGGAACAACAGGGCCGAGCUCCGCAGCUCUUGUGAUCGGUGCUGGGUGAAGAAGCGUCGUUGUCCUGGUGGACAGCCCUGCCUUCGUUGCAGGCGUGGGUCCCAUUCAUGUUCAUACUCAGCGAAGAGGAAGCUAGGGCGGCCGCCCGCUCUUGCUUCCCCCAUCAAUGCCGGUGCCGUACGAAGAGCCGGUGACAACGGCGACAGCACCACCAGCAGCAGCAGCAGGCCGACACAUCAUCAUNAUGCCGGUGCCCACCUUCCAGUGACGGAGAAACAUUACUCGGAAAUAGUGGGUCCAUCGUUUUCGUCCUCUUCCGCAACCGGGCUCGGUGGGCUUCAGGAGUCCAGCUUCCUCGAGUGCUUCCUGAAGCACUGCAGCCCCAUGUGA